AUGGACGCCUCAGACAUCAUCCAAUACAUCGUCGUCCCCGUCAUCGCUGUGAUAGUCGGAGCCAUCACGGUGGCCAUCCUAUGCGUACGGCACAAACGGAAACAGAAAAGACUAGAUCUUGAACACCAGCGUCUUCAGCAGACCUUCGCCACACCAUGGAUCCCCGAUGCCCAGCAGUCGAUCUACCAGAUGCAGCAUCAAGCCUUUCAACCCGAAAAGCCCUACCAACAAUCCGCAGGGGGGAUCCAAAGUAACGUCAUGGUUCAAUACCCGAGUCCAGUCGCUCAGGGGCCUCCGACGUACAAUGCACCGGGCGUUCAUGGACAGCGGCAGUAA